AUGAACCUCUCAAUACUUCGAUUUCACGCCAUCGUGGCAGCGGCCAUGUUCGCGACAAUCGCUUUCGGCGAGCAUACCAGCAACUGGGCCGUUCUCGUCUGCACCUCACGAUUCUGGUUCAACUACCGCCAUCUCGCCAAUGUCCUCUCUAUGUACCGUACCGUCAAGCGCCUGGGUAUCCCUGACUCCCAGAUCAUCCUCAUGCUCCCCGACGACAUGGCCUGCAAUCCCCGGAACGCGUUCCCUGGAACCGUCUACAGCAAUUCUGAUCGCGCUGUUGAUCUCUACGGCGACAACAUCGAGGUGGACUACCGUGGCUACGAAGUUACUGUCGAGAACUUUAUUCGCCUGUUGACGGAUCGCGUGGGUGCGGAGAUGCCGCGAAGCAAGCGUCUCCUUACCGAUGAUCGAAGCAAUAUCUUGGUUUACAUGACUGGCCAUGGUGGAAACGAGUUCCUCAAGUUCCAGGAUGCCGAGGAGAUUGGCGCAUUUGAUCUUGCCAACGCUUUGGAAGAGAUGUGGGAGAAGAAGAGAUAUCACGAGAUCCUCUUCAUGAUCGACACCUGCCAAGCGAACACCAUGUACAGCAGACUUUACUCCCCUAACAUCAUCGCUACCGGUUCCUCCAAGCUCGAUCAGUCCUCAUACUCACAUCACGCCGACAACGAUGUAGGCGUCGCCGUUAUCGAUCGAUACACGUACUACAAUCUUGAAUUCCUCGAGAACAACGUCAAGGACCUGAACAGCCAGAAGACAGUGGGCGAACUGUUCGACAGCUACGACUUCGGCAAGAUCCACUCACAUGCUGGAGUGCGCUACGACCUCUUCCCUGGCGGCGAAGAAAAUGCCCGUAGCCGUCUGAUCACAGACUUCUUCGGCAACAUCCAAAACGUUGAGGUUGACCGCAGCGGCAACUUGACUCUCGAGGAGGAUCUCUUGGCGCUUAGCAAGAAAAUUGCCCUUCUGCAGCAGAAGGAAGCAGAGGCAGCCAAGGAGUCUGUUGGGGAGAAGGUAUCUGCAAAGGCACCUGCUAGUGCUCCAACUGAGGCAGCCAGGAAGAUCCAAAAAGCCAAGGCACUGACGGAUGACAACUGGUGGACAAAGAAGGUCGUUGGUGCGACAGCGCUUGCGGGUUGUGGCCUUCUCUGGGGUUUAGGAUCUUUCUUAGAGGGUUGA